AGGCACAAAGAGAGCGGGAACACGUAGACUUACAGCUGCUUAUUCCUUUCCUCCUCUACUUGAGCGCCCCAUUCACUCGUCCUCCUUUCUCUCUUUCAAUUUUUGAGAUCUGCGCUCUCUUCCCCUUGAAGCUUCCGCUUCAAUCCGCCGACCGAUUCGCAGCUCCGAUCCUCCGCCGAUAUGGCUCCACCGAUUGAGACUGUUCAAAAAGUUAAGCCUCCACAAAAUGCUAUUGAACCCCAUGUCACCUAUCAUCAUGAUCAUUCCUCACAUCCACCUCUAAAUGAGAGGAUACUUUCAUCCAUGACCAGGAGGUCUAUCGCUGCCCACCCAUGGCAUGACCUUGAAAUCGGACCUGGAGCUCCUAAGAUUUUCAACUGUGUUAUUGAAAUUCCAAAAGGAAGCAAAGUGAAAUAUGAGCUUGACAAAAAAACUGGACUCAUCAAGGUUGACCGCAUACUGUACUCAUCUGUUGUCUACCCCCAUAACUAUGGUUUCAUCCCCCGUACUCUUUGUGAGGACAAUGACCCCUUGGAUGUCUUGAUUAUUAUGCAGGAGCCAGUUGUUCCUGGAUGCUUUCUUCGUGCCAAAGCUAUUGGCCUGAUGCCUAUGAUUGACCAGGGUGAGAAAGAUGACAAGAUCAUUGCUGUUUGUGCUGAUGAUCCUGAGUACCGACACUACAAUGACAUCAAGGAGCUCCCACCUCACCGUUUGGCUGAAAUCCGGCGCUUCUUUGAGGACUACAAGAAAAAUGAGAACAAAGAAGUUGCAGUUGACGACUUUCUCCCUGCAUCUACUGCCUUUGACGCAAUCCAGCAUUCCAUGAACCUUUAUGCGGACUACAUUGUGGAGAGCCUCAGGCGGUAGUUGUUCGUGCAAGUGAUGAAACUUGGUGCUAUCAUUACUCUUAUAUAGGGGACGUUAUAUAUUCGUUUCUCUGUAAUGAAAAAAUAACUAAUAUUUUGGUGUUAAUGCACACAUUGUUUAACAAUGUAUGCCGUAUACUCCGACUCUAGAUGGGAUUGUGUCUUAAACCUUUUAUAUAGUAAUGAUAUCGACGAAAAUGAUAGGAAAAAGGAGAAGGAAAAUAGUCUGGCUUGAUAUA